AUGGAGGAGCUUUUGGUCAAUGGGCGAAAAGAAGCAAGUAGCGUUCUCGGUUGGCUAUCCAUAGGGUGCUGGCUUGUCGUUUAUUCUCCACAGCUUCUUGAGAACUAUCAGCGCAAAUCUGGUGAAGGGCUCUCAGUUGCCUUCAUAAUAGCGUGGACAUUAGGAGAUCUAUUCAACUUAUUUGGCUCCAUAAGAGCUGGAUUGCUCCCUACUGUCAUUAUUUUGGCCUCCUACUACACACUUUGCGACCUCACUCUGUUGGUUCAAAUAUAUUACUAUCGAAUUUUCUACGACAGCCAUAACCGCGCAUGCGCACCCGAUGAGAGUACACCUCUGAUUCCACCGAAAAUCGACUCCGAUAAACCCGGCCCCAAAAAAAGCAUGAUCGUUGCCCUCCUCGAACGUGAAAGCGUCAAAUACAGCCUCCUAGCUUUAUUUGUGGUUUGUUUUGGUGUUUUGGGAUACCUUCGUGAUCGCCAUCCGAGCAACAAUACGCCACACAACGACAUCCCUCAAGAUCAUAUCUUCGAGUGGCGCAGUCAGUUGAUGGGCUGGGCAUCUGCCAUACUAUACUUGGGCGCACGGAUUCCACAGAUAGCUAAGAAUUUGAAGACCCGAUGUGAAGGACUUUCACUCGCUUUGUUCUUGUUUGCUAUCUCGGGGAAUACGUUCUUUGUGCUAUCUGUUUGCACCAUUUCACUCGAUUGGGAAUAUAUCCGUGUUAAUGCCAGCUGGCUUGUUGGGAGUGGUUUCUGUGUGUUUGCUGAUGUCUAUAUAUUGGUUCAGUUUUUUCGAUUCCGGAUAGCAGAUAGAGAGCGAUUAGCGGCCGCUAGAGUAGAAAACAACUCUAGUGCUUGAGUAUUACAAAUGCCCACCUCGGUAUAUAGGUCCAUCGUGCACCUAUACAAUAUCGAGAGACGAAACUAUUUCGAGCCGUCAGUCGUACAUUGCCGAGCAAUUGCGGAUCGGAAGAUGAAUGAUGCAAU